GGACAAUGGGUGGAGAAAACGAACGGUGACUAUUUAACCAACAGCCGAUCAGUUCCACAGUCGAUGAAGACGUUCAACUUGAUCGUACGCAUAUCGAAGAUCGUCACCAUGAGCAGUUGUAAAGUAUUAACAACGUUAGUCGCACUUUGCGUUUGUGGCGCCCUAGCCGCGCCGGCCGUACCAACCGGUCAACCCGUUCCAAUCCUGAAACAGGUGAACCGACAGAACGAAGACGGGUCUUACAGUUACGGGUUUGAAAACGCGGACGGCACAUUCAAAAUCGAGACCAAGUACCCGACCGGCGAGGUUUACGGCAAGUACGGCUACGUGGACGAGACCGGCAAGUUGCGAACCGUCGAAUACGGGGCGUCUUCGGCUCGUGGCUUCGAACCGGUGGGCACCGGCAUUACUGUGCCGCCGCCGGUGUCGGCCGUCGAAUCCAACGACGUCCAUGCCAGGGAUCAGUCUCAGCAGCAGGACGACUACGACGACGGGCAGUACCACGAGGAUCCCAGCAUUUACUAUAGGUCCGAACAACAGCAACAACAACAAAAGCCACUGCCGGCCGUCCAACAACAACAAUUGGCCUUACAACAACAGCAAUACGCUUUGCAACAACAACGGUUUGCCCAACAGCAGCAGCUGCACCAACAGCAACAGCAACUCCACCAACAACAGCAACAGCAACAACAACAGCAACAUCAACUACAUCAGCAGCAACCGUCCUGGAACAGUGGCCAGAAAUCCAGGUCCGCCGAUAGUAAACUGCAGUACCAGAACCAUCCGUCCAUCCAACAUUUUGAUCCCUUGACGGGAUCAUUCGCAUUGUCCUACACGGGCAACUGAUUAUAUUAUACAAUUAUUAUUCAUAUUCGAAUAGUUGAUUUUUUUUUUUUAAUU